UUAAACAUUUGGUUGCCGCGUUGUGAGGUUCCGACCGUACGCGUCAGUCUCGCCAGCGUUCACCCCGCGCUUCACCGCUCAGCCAUCACCCGUAUACACGGCAAACGAUCCACUGAAAAUGGCGUCGGCCGUUCCGUGACCGAGCAGCCGUCCGCCCGAACAACCCUACAGCGCCUCGUCAUCCAUGUUGUUAAUUAUGGCGACCAAAGCUGAGGCUGAAAAUGAGUCUGAGGAUUUUCCUCCGAGUGAAAAUUGUGAUUUGAAGGCAGUAUGUAAAAACCUUCAGUUUUCUGAUGACCAAUUAAAAAUUCAACCAACUCGAAAGAGAUGUGUUAGCACAUCAAAUUUAAUAAAUUUGUCUCCAAAAAAAAAGAAAAAAGAAGCUCAUAAUAUAAAACCACCUAAUAAAUUUUUACUUGGUGGUAACAUUUCAGAUCCACUUAAUUUAAAUAGCCUACAAGAUGAAGAUGUCAACAGAGCAAUGAAUAAGACUCCAAAAUCAUCACCUUUGCAUUCGAACAAAGUCAACAUUAAAAAAGACCAAGUAGAUGUUUUGAUUCCGCGUAACCUGGCUGAUCCUCUUGAACUGAGUACAUGUGUUGAAGCUAAGCAAGUCAACUGUUUUGAUAAUUUACUAACACUGAAAAGACGGACUCCUCAAAAGCGCAAGACCAAGAAACAAACAACAAAAUUGUUAUCUGAUUGUAGUUUGUUAAUCGAAAAUACUCCAGUACCCGAUGAUGAACCAGAUGAGUGUGAUGGUUCAGGUGAAGAUAUUAUUUAUCCUCUGAUUAAAAUACCAAAAACAGACACUUCAGGAAACUGGCCAUUAUGCAAGCCUGAGAAUAAUAAUGUAGUUGCACCCUCAGUAGUGGAAAACAUUAUUGAAGAAAUCAUUCAAAAAGUGCAAAAAGAGGAGACUGAAGAUAAUAGUUGCAGUACACAACCGAUCUGCCAAAAAAAAAUUAGUAAUUUAGCUGUUCCAAAAAUCAUUGUUCAAGAGGUUCAAGAGGAGGUAACUAUACCAGAACCUAACCAGAGCCUAUCACCUUUACCUGUUAAAAGUGUUAAAGAUGAUAAAGAAACUCAAAAGCAGCUCGAAAAAAUUGACCCCCAGAGCAGUGUAGCAAGUCCUGUCGCUGUGCAGGCUUCUUCAUCGGAUAAGUCUGCCAUCAAGACGCCGUUAUCCACCAAACCAUCAACUAAACCGAAAAAUAAGGUUAAUAAGAAUGAGCCCAAAUUUAAAGAAAAAAACGCUGCAUUUAAAUAUGGAAAUUACAACAGAUAUUAUGGUUAUCGUAAUACAGAAGACGGAGACAAUCGACUAAAAGUAUUGGCAGCAAGAAUGGACUUGUUUUAUGGCAAGGAUGUGUUGGAUAUUGGCUGCAAUAUCGGUCAUGUAACGUUCAGUGUGGCCAGAGAUUUUGGUGCUCGAUCAGUGGUCGGAAUGGACAUUGAUCGUAAACUAAUAAAUAUUGCACGCAAAAAUGUUCAACAUUACAUCAGUAAUACUUCAAAUCAUUCAAUGCGGUUGGCGUCAAAUUACAGUAAUACGUCAGACAAAAAUCGGAUAAAUGACAUAAUACAGUCAUUUCCUAUGUCCAUGCCAAUAUUGUAUGGUCCCAUAAAUUUACCUGGAACGCAGAGUUCCGGAAAGUUUCCAUUUAACGUAUCAUUCAUACAGGGAAACUAUGUACUUGAGUCUGAUGUCAUGUUGGCGAUGGAAACGUGUCAGUUUGACGUCAUCCUUUGCCUGAGCAUAACCAAAUGGAUCCAUUUGAAUUGGGGAGAUGACGGUCUAAAACGGGCUUUUAAACGUAUGUUUGCACAACUCAGGCCUGGCGGCAUACUAGUCUUAGAACCUCAGUCAUGGAAGUCAUAUGGUCGCAAGAAAACCCUGACAGAAACAAUUUGGCGAAACUAUAAGACUAUAGAGCUGAGACCUCCGAUGUUUACUGAAUACUUGUUGACCGAUGUGGGUUUUUCUCAUUGUGAGACGCUCACAAUGCCUUAUAAUCCAUCAAAGGGAUUUCAACGUCCGCUCAAAUUAUAUAGGAAACCUACUAAUAUUGUUUUAGCUGCUAAGAAGAAUGACAUGCCAAAGUGUACUACUGUAAUCGGACCAAGUGACACCACCAAUGAACAUAGAAUUUGACACUCACCUAAUUUUUGAUAUAAAUGUAUUAUAUUUAUAACUUAUAAUAUAAUUUAUAGUUUUCUUAGUUUUUAACUUUUAUUACGCCGUUAUUAUUAGUAAAGUUGUACUGUCUUCAACUCGGACCAUGUGUAUUCAUUAAUAAAUAUUACCAAUUUGUUGUUAAAUGUUUUUCGCUUGUACAAAAUAUGAUAAUGAUAAUAAUUAUGCUAUAUUAUAGUACAAAUUAUAUUUAUAGUACAAUUUGUGAGAUGAAGAGGAAUAUAUUAUAUAUAUUUUUUUAUUGGCAACGCGUGUAAUGUGUGUACAUUAUACACAUGCAUGUGAUAAUAUUUUUUAAAUGAUUUUAUCUAUUUUUGCCCUUGUAUUUGCUCUUAUUUAUCUAUUCUAAUUAGUUAGUUAUUAUAAUCUUACUACAGUCUGUCAUUUUGUUGUAAACAUCCACAUUGCUUUUACAUACAACAUAUUAUUUUUUAAACAAAAAUGCACUAUAAGUAAAAUUUUAAC